AACAGAGUUUCGAGUUUCGAGAUGUCACGGACGUGCAAUUUGUUGACAGGACGCAAUUAUUUAUCGAUAUUCAAGGCGGGAAAACUCUUCGCGAGAUCAUAUGUCACCAACACGACUUUUGAGAGCGAGAAGUAUAUCGAGAGCGACGACAGCAAUGGAGUGAGAACAAUUACUCUGAGCCAUGAUGCAUCUAGAAAUUCCCUGUCGCUGGAGAUGAUGAAAAUAUUAACCUGGAAUUUGGAACGAGACGAUGAUAAAGAAUCAUUGAGAGCGAUUGUAAUAGCUGCAGCACCCGGCAAAGUAUUUUCAGCUGGUCAUAAUCUGAAAGAACUGACAACGGCAAAAGGUAACAAGCAUCACUAUGAAGUCUUUGAAACAGCUGCCAAUUUAAUGAAGACGAUAACUAAUUCUCCAGUUCCUGUAAUUGCUGCUGUUGAUGGUCUUGCUGCAGCAGCUGGAUGUCAACUAGUCAGUUCUUGUGAUAUUGUUAUUUGUACAGAAAGAAGUAGUUUCUCUACUCCUGGAGCAAACUUUGGAAUAUUUUGUUCAACUCCAGGAAUUCCUUUGGUACGCAACGUACCUCAAAAAAUAGCAUCUUACAUGCUGUAUACUGGUCUUCCCUUAACUGCCCAAGAAGCUUUAAAUGCUGGACUUGUCAGUAAAGUUGUGCCUAAUGACAGACUUUAUGAAGGAGUGAAAGAAACAACGGACACAAUUAAAUCCAAAAGCCGAGCUGUCGUUCAACUAGGAAAGAAAUUCUUGUUCGAGCAACAAGAACUUGACCUUUCCUCGGCGUAUUACUACGGCACCGAGAUUAUGUUGCAGAAUUUGGAGUUGAAGGACGCUCAGGAAGGAAUCAAGAGCUUUGUAGAAAAACGCAAGCCUGUUUGGAAGAAUAAAUUCGAAAAAGAUGAAGGUUUAGAAUAA